ACAACACUCAUUCUUUUCAGAUAUUUGUAACUAUUUUUCUAACUUUAUCCAAAAUUUGUGACUCAUAAGAAACAAAACAGAUUUUAUUAGCAUAUCUUAUAAUGGCUGCAAAAAAUAAAAUUAACAGUUUAAAUCUUUUUGGAUUUGCCAAACGAUUUCCAAAAGGUUACUCUCCCCAAAGAAAUGUCACAUCCUGCAGUCAAUUAAGAAAAAGGCCGCAGACAAACGAGCCAGAUUAUUCUAAAUUUUUAAGCAAAGAAUCGGCAAUCUAUAUGGUAAGAGAAGCAAAAGCAUUGAAUCGCAAAUCUUGCAAAGAAAGACGCCUCGAAAACGAGCAGGCUGAAGCUCAGCUGCGCAAGUGCAAUAAUAUACUAAAGGAGCAUUAUUUGCAACGACGUGAACAGGGACAAAAAGUGUUGAAUGGCAGAUUUGCACAGCUUGAAGAGUUGCCCACCAUUUCUAAAAAACUGAAGGCCAUCAUGGCAUUAAACGCAACCACCAAACCAAUAGAGACGACUUCACUUGACGAUCUCAAACAAUGUCAUGCUUUUGAGUGCAAACGAUACCCAAUUGACUAUAAGCCACAAAAUGGUGGCCGUCUUAACCGUUGGCGUAUGAAGGUUCCCUACAAGAGGGCACAAAACCUCAUCGACAAGGAUUCGGCCGAAGCCAGUACAUCCUCAUCAUCCGCGAAGCGAGUUCGCAAGGUUCAGCCACCUGAGAUCCCGAGACCUAAAGAUGUACAAACAUGGGAAAGUAUACAACCGGACAAAUUGCUUAGCAGCAAUCAGACAAAGAACAAGUUUAAGAAUAUGUGGCAAAUUGGUGCUCGGUACAUUCCUCGCUUAAAUUAAUUUGGCAAUAAAUUUUUACAUUUUUCCAAUUUAAGAGACAUUUGCGAUAUAAAUUCCAUGUAACAGAACAGAUAGCACGAAUUUAUAUAUUAAUAAAAUUUAUACUUUUUUUUGCAAA